UAAAAUCGAACCUAGACUUUACAAUUCGCACCCGAAGGCAGCACGGUGUGAUUCCAAUCUGAGCUUUUAUUUUGAAAGUAGCAUUACGGAAGUUGUUCAACGACAAGCUGAGGGGAGACAACCGACUAAUAACAAACAACAACGGUUAACCGCAGCUACCAUCCGUCCGUUUACCGCAGCCGGUCACUUACUGUCCGGUUUAAAGAAGGACGAUUUAACCCGAUGAGCUCACCGUACGUUGUUCUCCGGCCCUGAACGCAUCGGGUUUUCCUAAUGUUAAUUUAAUUCACGUUUCGGCGGUUGUUGUCGUUGCUCGAGAUGACGAGUUACACGGCGUUUCAUUCUCAGUUGGCGUCCAUCAUGGAGGCGCUGACCAAAGCGGCGGUGUCGGAGAUCUGCGAGCUGAUGGGUGACAGCUGCGCCGUGUGGCAGCUGGAGAUCACCCGCAGCCACAAGGAGAACGAGGCGCUGAGGAGGAAGCUGGAGCUGAUGGAGACGACCAUCGCCCGGGGACACCGGGGGGUGUUGGAGCCGGCCAGUGGGGUCUUUAUGGAUUUCACUCUCGCAGCUGCAGUGGAGGCUAAACAGCCCAAAGCAAAUCUCACAAGAAGUGGAAGGGUCCCUGUGUUGGAGGCUACGACAGAGCUGACCCCUGUGACCAAAGAGGAUUCUCCGACGAGAGCUGCAGAGGAGCCGAAUCAUCAGGUUGUUUUGAUAAAAGAGGAAACCACAAAAGAGGAGGCUGACGAUGACGAGCUGCUUCUCAACGAGGACGGGACGGAGGUGCAGCUGUCAGAUACAGACGACAGUGAAGAAGGAACCUCUGGGAUGAUGAUCUCCACCUCAGCGGCCGUCAUGAGGCUGUGGGAUCAGAACAGUGACGGCCCGUCGGAGCGGCACGAGUCCCACAGUGCACCGGGCUCUCCGGGCGGCGCCGGGAGCGGCUCUUCAGAUGUGGUGUUGGACUUGGCCUCGGAGUCGGACUGCGACGCUCCGUCUGCAGUCCGGGCGAGGAAGCCUAUCCUCCUCGGGUCGGGAGGAAGCCCCACCUCGCUGCCUGGGACCUCAGAGCUGAAGCGGGGUUUGUCUCUGAUCAGCUCUCUCCCCUACGACGCAGACCUGGAUCUGUGCUCCUCGUGGACCAAUCAGAGCCUGGCGAGCAUGGUGCCCAUCUCUCACCGGCCAACAGAACUGAAUGUUGCAGGUUUCCCCUUAGCGCUCGGGCUCGGCGGAUCCAGACUGGACCCGCUGGAGUUGAACAGGUACUGCAGGGACAGGCGCUUCGUCUGCAGCUACUGCGGAAAAUGCUUCACUUCAUCCCGGAGCCUGGAGACGCACGUGCGCGUUCACACGGGCGAGCGGCCAUAUAGCUGCGCUCAGUGCGGGAAGCGCUUCACGCAGUCGGGACACCUGAAGACGCACCAGAGCGUCCACACCGGAGAGCGACCGUUCGCCUGCGAACACUGCGGGAAAAGAUUUGCAGGGAAGCAGAACCUCAGGAUCCAUCAGCAGAAGCACCACUUGUCUGAGCCGAGCGCUCAGGUUUAACACUGCAGGUGAAACACUGCGGCUGAAACACUGCAGCUGAAACACUGCAGGUGAAACACAGCGGGUGAAACACAGCGGGUGAAACACAGCGGGUGAAACACAGCGGGUGAAACACUGCGGCUGAACCACAGCGGGUGAACCACAGCGGGUGAACCACAGCGGGUGAAACACUGCGGGUGAAACACUGCGGCUGAAACACUGCAGGUGAACCACUGCGGCUGAACCACAGCGGGUGAAACACUGCGGGUGAAACACUGCGGGUGAAACACUGCGGCUGAAACACUGCAGCUGAAACACUGCAGGUGAAACACUGCAGGUGAACCACUGCGGCUGAAACACUGCGGCUGAAACACUGCAGCUGAAACACUGCGGGUGAACCACUGCGGGUGAAACACAGCGGGUGAAACACAGCGGGUGAAACACAGCGGGUGAAACACAGCGGGUGAAACACUGCAGCUGAAACACUGCGGCUGAAACACUGCAGCUGAAACACUGCGGGUGAAACACUGGCUGAACCACUGCAGGUGAACCACUGCAGGUGAACCACUGCGGCUGAAACACAGCGGGUGAAACACUGCGGGUGAAACACUGGCUGAACCACUGCAGGUGAACCACUGCAGGUGAACCACUGCAGGUGAACCACUGCGGCUGAAACACUGCGGGUGAAACACAGCGGGUGAAACACAGCGGGUGAAACACAGCAGGUGAAACACUGCGGCUGAAACACUGCGGCUGAAACACAGCGGCUGAAACACUGCGGGUGAAACACUGCGGGUGAAACACUGCGGGUGAAACACUGCGGGUGAAACACAGCGGGUGAAACACUGCAGCUGAAACACAGCGGGUGAAACACUGCAGCUGAAACACUGCGGGUGAAACACAGCGGGUGAAACACUGCGGGUGAAACACUGCGGCUGAAACACAGCGGCUGAAACACUAAAUAGAACAUGAUAUUCAGUCUUAGAUGUGUCCAAGGCAAAGAUACUUUAAAUCCACUGCAGCCUUGCACUUCGCCAGUAGAGGUCACUGUACCUGAAGCUUCGAGUAAUGAACCCAUUUCCAAAACAAUUGGCUGAAGUGGUUCAGUGCUUCACUAAAGCUUCAUUUUCCCAUCACUGCUGGAAGGUACUGAGCUCCAAACUGGGAUCGUGCAGAACCUUCCUGCGGUUACUGAACUUCUAAUUUAUACAGAUCUUUUUUUUAAGAUGUUUUAAAGAAUGUGUGCUUUUUGAAAACAGGUUUGACUGUUUAAAUGUAUCAGGCCUUAUUUGUAACCAUCUUACUGCCUUGGUAGAAACCUGAGACACAGCUGCACCACGACGAGGCCUGUCACGAUAAACGAUCUGAUGUAAUGAUAAUAUACUAGCAUUAUAAUAAUACAUAAUAUAUAUCAUAAUACAAGUAACUCCUUUUUAAAGAGAAAUUCACUUAUUACUUAUUAAGAAUAU